AUGGCCGUGGAGGAGCCUGCCCACAGCCUCUUCAGCCCCUUUGAGGCGCUGAGCUGGCAGCUCUGGCUGUCGCUCGCAGCCACGGCCGUGUUUGUCGGCGGCGCGGUCGUGUGCUGCGACGUGGCCGCAAAGUCUGUGCAGCGGCCGGCGCUCAAGAGGCACCACCGUGGUGUGGUUGUUGUCCCGCCACUGCUGCCGGCAGCUUCUCUGGCAUGUGCCCCUUCAGACGCCGGCGCAAACGGGGCGGCGACAGCGGCGGCGCUGCCGGCAGCAACCCCGAUUGCAAACGUCGUGCACGUGGUGCCAGCAAGGGCGAAGCAGCAUCAGGAGGAGGAGCCUUCGGACACAUGGGCGCUGCGGGUGCUUGGGGUGCGCAAGGGAGAAGAGGAGGACGUCUUCAGACUGCUCGACGUCAACCUACGGCGCGCGCUGCUCAAGUUUGCGCGCAUGAGCGACCCCCCUAUCACCACCAGCCUGCCCGCCCAGGCCAUCCUUUUCACCUACGGCAUCCUGCUGAUUAUCAUUGUGGCCGUCUACACCGCCGGCACCGCCGCGCGGCUGACGGCGGCGCAGCUCACGGGCGGCAUAAGGGGGCGCGACGACCUCAAGGGGAGGGCGGUGGGCACGUGGACCGACUAUCAGCAUCGGCUCAGCGACCAGGGCAUCGAGGCCAUCGGCAUCAAAUGGGACACCAUAGAGGACGAGGGCGCGAUGCUGAACAAACUCAGGAAGGGAUCAGUGGCGGCCCUCGUGCUCAACAGGAACUUUGUGGACUACACUGCCUCAACGCAGUGCGAGUUUGCCGCCGUGGGGCUGCCUUUCGGCGUGAGCGACAACGUGUUUGGGCUGGCCCUGAACAUGCAGGCCCCCCUUGUGGAAGACAUCAACAAGGCCAUUCGUGAGAUGGUGGAGGAGGGCAGGGCCGAGCGGCUGAGGGACAUCCACGUGCUGCGGCUGGGCGUUGCCGGCUGCAAGCGCGACGGCGUGCGCGGCGGGAACACCAUCACGCUGGAGCAGAUGGCGGGGCUCUGGGUGAUGAUGGGCCUGGGUGUGCUGGUGGGGUCCCUCAUUCUGGCGUGCCUGUGGCUGCAGCGGCGGCGGCGGGAAUUCAGGGGCGCAGGCGCCAAGAAGCUGCUGGCUGGCGCGCGUGUCGGAGGAUCGCGCCUGUCUCUGCUUGCAAGGCGCUCAAGCCGGGGGGAGCGGGGGGGCGGCGGCAAGGUUCAAGCGGCCGCUGGCGUGGGCGGGGGUGCGGCGGACGACGAGUGCUGCUGA